AUUAUCCAAUCAAAUCACAGCAACUAGAAAAAUAGGUCUUUGGUUGUGAUUUUAUUGGAUGGUUUUGAUUUGUAACACAACCAUUUUUCUCCGUAGGUUAGGUUCCUCAAUGGUUGUUGUUCAAUCACCUUUAGACUUGCUUUAUACCUACCUAGUGUGUACCUACUUGCUUUGUCUGUGGAGUGAAUGAACACAAUACAAAAAACUGAAGUUGUUGUCAUUUGGUUGGUUGUUAUUUGUUAUACCUAUAUGGGGAUAUCAAUCUGUUUUUUAAAGCGAAUUAUAGUGCAUAAUUAUAUAUUGGAACAAACACUACAUAAACCAACUCAAAUAAAAUGGAUCCUAGACAUAAAGCCGCUAUUCAGAACCAUUAUCCAUCUCUAGUAGCGCAGACCGAUCUAAAUGUGAUGCUUUCAUCUCUUUACGAAAAAGGCGUGUUUGCUGAGCACAUGAUAGAACAAUACAAGAAUCCACAUACUAGUGAUACAAACCACAAGCGAAAUUUAUAUUUGCAUUUGAUGCGCAGAGGGCCUAAUGCUUUUAGACAUCUAAUUGACACACUUUGGGAGAAUGGUUUAUGGGGCUUAGCCAGAGAGUUGGACCCUGAAGGGGAGUUCCAUGGACGUCCCCGAACCACAGUUGAAAGAUCAUCUAAUAAUGACGAGAGCAGUUUCAUCAGUAUAAGCUCUAAAAAAAAGGAGAAGGCGAAAUCUGAAGCUAAGACAAAAAACGUGACAGCAUCCCCCCCUCCCCCGCCGCCAGUGCCGCCGCCCCCGCCUGCGAUGCCUGAAUCGAGUGAACCACCCUUUGUUGUGAAGAAAUGUACAGAGCCAAUUGUAGACGAAGGAAAUGACAUCAAGAUAUACCCGGUGGGCCGCGCGCGCCGGCAGCGCGUGAUGCUGCUGUACACGUACAUGCACUUCGAGCACGACAUCGAGCACACGCGGCGCGGCGCUGACCGCGACUCCGACAACCUCAAGCUGCUCUUCCACGAGCUCGGCUUCACCUGCGCGUCCUUCUUCGAUCAUAAAAAAGAGGAGACGAUGGCGAGCCUGCGCGAGCUGAGGAGCACGCUGGCGGGCGCCACAUGCGUGUUCGUGGUGGUGUCGUCGCACGGCUACGACCGCCUCGGCUCCUCCGACAACUACUUCCGCUGCCGCGACGGCCAGCUCAUCUCGCUCUAUGAGUUCAUCGAGCACUUCAGCAACAAGGCGCUGCCCAAGCUCCGCGGCGUGCCCAAGGUCUUCAUCUUCCAGACUUGCAGAGGCAACAAGGACCAAGACGACCCGUUCGCGCCGGCGCUGGUGCGCGACGGCCGCGCGCUCGACAACCGCCGCGGCGGACAAGACCUCAACAGCAACAGCCGCGGAGGCAGCACGCUCGACGACCACGCGAGCGCCAAACUUGACAACGACUGUAGCCAAGGAGAUGCCGUCAGCUAUGAUGGCCACAGACGUGUCCAAGCCCAGCCUGACGGCUCCUCGGACGGGUCGCAACAAAGUUCUAGGAUAUUCUCGGAUAUACUCAUCGCGCAUUCCACUGUGCCAGGUUACGUAUCGAACCGCAACCCGGAGGAGGGCUCGUGGUACAUCCAGACGCUGUGCCGCGUGUUCGCUGCGCACGCGCACCACCGCCACGUGGAGGAGCUGCUGACGCUGGUGGACCAGCAGAUGGAGACCCGCUACCACCGCCAGACCUCCUCCGUCGACAAGUGGGGCUUCAACUGCCGGCUCUACCUCAUGCCCGGGCUCCAGGAAUGAAGCUACCACUAGUAUAUACAAUACUGACGUAAGUUGACAGACUGUAAGGGCGGUGUUCACUUAUCUAAUUGCUUGUGUCACAAAAACAAAGUUUGAUUGUUGUCCUUUAUAUCUGUGUUCUUAGAGUUGUCGAUAGCGAUGCAAUUCAUAUUCCCUAUAUGAUUUUCGAGAUCAUACUAUCGAUACAGUCGAAUUUCGAACGCCUUCUCGCACUGUGAUAAAACUAUCUAUUUUUCCAAAAAACACUAGACAGAUACAAAAAAGAUUUCUAUUUAUUCAGAAAGAGAUACUUUGUGGAAAAUCGCCCUUGUUAUGUUGUUGUGACGACCGAACAAAAUGAGGAUGUUUGAUCGACAACUGUGGAAGGAAUAAAACUGUGAUGGUAGCCAACUUUAUAAUAUAUUUAUUUAGUUACAUAUUUUUUUUGUUAUCAAGCUGGCAGUUCUGGACUGUUGCCAACCAAACUGAUUUUGUCACUUUUUUGUGCAUAUCCCAAUGUAAAAUGUAGUAUAUUUAUAUUCUAAGGAUCUCUUUUACCGACAUCUCUACAGGUUAUACUAAGUUGAUGUUAUUUAGAAAAAUACUUUUGACUGCUUGUGACUAAGCUUUUUAGCAAUUAUUAGUUUAAAAUUAAUAUUACAACGACGUUAAGAUGUCGUCAUGUAGAGUAUUUACUGCCAAUCGCAUUUUACUUUGUUUACAAUAAAAUCAUGUUUGUCUUUAUAUGCAAAUUGAUAUCAAUUUUUCUCAUGCAUUUUAAGUACAUACUUGAAUAAAAAUGUUUAGUGAUAAACUGGUUAACACUUAGGUGUAAGUGUAGUGACUAAGUAUAACUUUUAUAUAAAUAGAUCAAUAUUUUUAAAUAUACAAAAAUCCUAGGAAGCAAUAAGGUUGUCAAGAAUGUACUAGUUGCUCAAAUGUGCUAUAUUAGAUACUCUAGUAAUAGUAUUUUAUUUUUAUUAUAAUUGUAUGUUUUUUUUUGUUUGUUAGAUUAUGUUUUUUGAAGCAUGAGGCUUUGAGGAGCAUUGAGGAUUUAUUUUUAUUAAAUUUAUAUUUUUUAGAGCA